AUGGCUCUGCGGUGGCGGGUGCGGUCUCCGCGACAUCCCGGUAGUACAGAAAAUCCAAAGAACACUGCAGGAAGAACACAUUUCAUGAAAGAUAAAGCUGCUCAAGAGCACAGGCCUAUUGACACCUUUGACUUUCCUGAGAAUUCUGUGCUCUCCAGAAAUGAGAAAGAUGAAGAACCUUAUGAAAACUUUGACCCUCUCUUUCACAGCACUGCCAUCUAUGCCGAUGAGGAGGAGUUUGGACACUGUGCAUCUCCUGUGCCUUUAAUUCCUCAAGGAAAAGAAGAGAAACAAAGUUCGAGCACUACUGAAAAUGAAGCAAGUGGAAACGAAUCUGUAAGAGUUAGUACAAGAAAGGCUGUUAGGUCUUUAAUCGCAUAUAGCACUUUUUCUGGAAACUUCUUAUACUCACGCUCUGGGAUCCUGGGCAUGCAUCACAAAGGCAACAGUACUUACUACCUAGUAGUGGACAGAAUAAAUCUGCCAACCCCAGAUGUACAAACCACCACCAUUUGCUCUCCUCAGAAUCUUGCUUUGGGUCAUUCUGCACAUUCAGUGGAUGCUUCUGAGAGUAUGCAUAUUUGGUGUCUAGAAGGAAGGAAAGCCAGUGACAUCAUGGAGUUGGAUAUUAUUUUGUCUGCAUUUGAGAAAAUCUUCCUGCAAUAUAAACAAAGAAUCAAAUCUGCAGUUUGUGAAGAAGCCGUCACCAAAUUUUACCUUAACAUUAAAGAAGAACUCAUCAGAAUGCUCAAAGAAGUCCAGACACUGAAAACUCUGAAAAGGAAGAAUGCUAAGGUGAUCACCAGCAUUGAAAAGAAAAGACAGCGUUUGAUUGAAGUCCAGGAUGAAUUGCUUCGGUUACAGCCACAGCUGAAACAACUACAAACAAAAUAUGAAGAACUUAAGGAGAGAAAGUCAUCUCUUAGCAACGUGCUGUGCUUCUUACCUAAUUUAAAACAGCUUCACCAAGAUUAUUCAGAUCUCCAGGAGAAAGAACCCAACAUACGAGACACAUUCUAG